AAGAGGGUCGGCUAACUAGAACAAGUACCACCGUGAGUUUAGCGGAAAGUACCUAGUUUUACCGACGCAGGCGUAGAGAAACUCGUAAUUUAUUAGACGUUUUUUGGUUUGAAAUGUAUAUUUUAUUGCGGACCCGACCCGAAUAGUUUUACUCGAUGCUUCAGAUAAACUGAUUGGUCUGCAUACAUGAUUGUAAGGGUUUUCUAAGGCACUGGAUUUGCUCUUUUAUAUGACACUUUGAUAUCAGCAAGGAUUUUAACAGAACAUUUUUAUAAAGGACGUUUUGAAUUUUUUGCUUUUUCUUUGUUUUACCAUAUAUUUAUAUUUUUUCGACGAUGACAGACGCCAAGCACCCUCAAAUGAUUUUUUGCAACGACUCGCCCAAAAGAGUGCUGGUUUCUGUAAUCAAGACUACUCCUAUCAAGCCGAAAGCUAUGGACUCGGUGAUGCCUACUAGUCCCGGUUUUAGUGACUUCAUGGUGUAUCCGUGGCGAUGGGGAGAAAAUGCACACAAUGUGACUCUGAGUCCGGGAUCGGGCACCGGAGCCGCUUCUCCCCCGAGAAACAGCGCUGCUGCAGACUCUGACCUCGCGUCCUGCGCAGAGCACCUGAAGGAUGGGAUCCGGCGUGGACGGCCACGUGCCGAGACAGUGCGUGAGCUCAUCAGUGAGGGUGAAAACUCCACUAGUCGUAUCCGCUGCAAUGUCUGCAACCGUGUUUUCCCACGAGAGAAAUCACUGCAGGCGCACAAACGCACUCAUACAGGGGAGAGGCCAUACCUGUGUGAUUAUCCAGAUUGCGGGAAGGCCUUCGUCCAGAGCGGCCAGCUUAAAACCCACCAGCGACUACACACUGGGGAGAAGCCCUUUGUUUGCUCAGAGAAAGGCUGUGGAAGCCGUUUUACUCACGCUAACCGACACUGCCCUAAGCACCCAUAUGCCAGGCUGAAGAGGGAAGAGCCUAGUAGUGAGCCUGGAAAAUCACAAGGGGCUGACAACAAAGCUGUGGCUGAGUGGUUAACAAAGUACUGGCAGAUGCGUGAGCAGCGAACUCCUGUUCCAAGUAAAGGAAAAACUCUGAACAAGGUGACGGUUGAGGAUCAGGAGCAGCAGGACCCCAUGGACUACCUGCCCUCGGAUGAAGGUGAAGAGGAAGAACAGGAUGAGGGGAAGAGUAGUGGAGGAGGAGUGGCCGCGCGGCGACGCCUCCAGGAACAGAGAGAGCGGCUCCAUGGAGCACUGGCUCUUAUUGAGCUAGCCAACAACCUGUCUCCAUAAACUAAACUCUUGGGUUGCAUAUUGGUGGGAAAAUUCUAGCUUACAUCCAAACAAUGACAAAUGAAAAAUCAUUUUUUUUUUUGGUCAAAGGUUUUUUUUGGUCUAAAUUUAGGAUUUUCGUCAAUAAUUGGUAUAGCCAAGCACGUUUGCCACAUUUGCAACCCAAGGAUUUACGACCUGUUGUGGUCGUCAUAAGCUAAAAAGCACCUUAUUUUUUGCUUACAGUUUAACCUUAGGCUGCUACCAUGGUAGAUUUGUUAAUAUGAAGAAUGUUUGACUCUUAUUUUCAGCUUAUCAAAGAGAGAGAUGAUAAUUUUUGUGUUUUGUUUGGAAUUUGUCAUGCACUUUUUUACGGUAACGAGUUUUUCUCUUUCAGUUGCGUGUGGAAUUGAGCAUGUUAAUAUCAUGUACAUAGAUGGUUUUAAGGUGUGUGUUAUGAUUUGGAGUGCAUUAAGAUGCUGCACUUGUCAUUUGGUGUGGGAAUAAGCAGAUCACUCAAGAGAACCCGGCAUGGGCUUUGUAUGAGAAGAGAGGCUAUGCUCUCUGAUAAGCUGCACCACAGAGUAAACACAGUAGAGCAAUUUGUUACACAUAUAUUCAGUCCACUUUUUUUGUCAUAUGUAUGUUAUACUACGUUUGAGGUUUAGACUGCGCAGUAACAUUAACUAACACAGCUUGGUCAAACUGUAGAAAGCACCAUAUACUUUCCAAUUUGCAAGAACAUAGUAGCUUGUAGCCGCCGAUGUUUUAUGGUCAUAUCUCAUUUAUCCAGAUUUACAUUAUUUAGUGUUACUUCGACAUGAAGCAGUUGGGCAGUGGGAUCCUCGGUAAUGGUUAUGUCAGCUUUCAAAGUGUGACUAGAGAAAGACUUUCCACUUAAAAUCAACAGACAGCACUUGUUUUGGCAAUGAGAAGAGUUUUUUUUAUAUACUGAUGGUGGCAUACUCACAGAUUAACACUACAUUAGGUUGUUUUUGUCCCUCUCUAAAACCCAUGCCACCUCAAAAUACUGAAAACAUUAAAUGGUCAGUACAGUAAAGUUUGGUUGAAUUACAUAUGAACUCCAAAACUUAAUCUGGUGAAAAUAUACAAAACUGGAAAACAUCUUUACUCUUGAAUAUCUAAAACAAAAACAGAUUAUAUAAUGUACACCUAAUUUCUUUGUAUUGUAUUCUUAUAUGUGUAUAUAAAUGAAUAAUAUAUUCCACUAAGUCAUUUGGAAACACGCACGAAUUGUAAGUUAAAAUUUCAGAAACCUUUUUUUUUUUGUGAAUUUUUUUUUGUGUGUGUUUGUGAGUGACAACAGAAUGUAAAUCAAGUUGUUCAGUCUGUAACAUGGAAAAGUGUGAUGUUUGAAAAAGGACAUUGUAAAUGUACAAAGCAGGCAUUUUCUUGGACUAUCCUGGUUAGUACUGCUGGUUUUCAAUAAACACCAUA